AUGGUUUCCAAUAAAUCUUCAAAAUGUUCAUUGACAGAGGCGUCUACUGAUAAGAAAAUUAAAAAAAAGAAAAAAAUUUUUAAAUCAAAUAGAAUCGAUUUAACAAAGAAUACAGCGAAAAAACGACGACAUGCAGCAGAAAUUCCGACCAAUAAAGCAAUAUUAUCUACGCAACCAACUUCACAAGACAAUCAAACAUUGAAUAAUACAAUAAAUACUGAACAAAAACAGCAAAGUUCAUCCAGUGAUAAUCUAGCUGUAUUACUAACUCAAGGAUUACAAAAUAAUGAUUUAAAUGUUCUCGAUAACUCAUAUUGUUCAUACAAAAAUAGUUUCUCUUAUGAUUACAUAAAUUGA